AUGACCCCUGUGUCAGAGAAUGAGAUUCUACGAGGCCCAGCCAUUCAGGCCAAAAAAAUGGCCCGCGACAAUUCGCAAUCGGGAUAUGAAUCAGGCAGUCUGAGUGACACCGACUCCCUAACCGAGGAUCUCGACCAAAUCGGCAAACUCUCGAUGCCAAAAUGGUCAUCGUGGAGCAAAGAGAAAUUCCCCAGUCUUGUUAAUUUCUAUGGGUUUGGGAGCUUGCCAGCUCUUCCCAAUCUUGCUAAUAUCUCCGGUUUGCCGCAACUCCCGAACUUGUCUGGAUUUCCCAACUUACCGAAUAUUCCGCAGUUUCUGAGUUUGUCUAGCCAUAUUGCUACUCUUUCUUCUAAUUCCUCUCUUCCACAUUUUGAUCUCGCCGAGGUUUCAAGAUAUAUCUCACAAUAUGUGAACAGUGUAAAGUCGCAGGACGGAACCUCUACGCCUGAGGCAGAGGUAAGACUAGUUAAUUCUAUUAAAACUGCUUUGGCCACUAGAAUUCAGAUGCACACAUUUUUAUCUGACUUGCGUGAGGGCUUGACAUUGCAAGCAGCUAUCGAUCGUUUGCAGCCACUAACCGAGCUAGUCCACGAGGCCAUCACUUUGCCUGCUGAUGAUGACGAUGACAUUGAACACUCAGACGAUGAAAAAAUUGCAGAGCACGAUACGGAACCCGGCGGAAUUUGGGGUAUUGUUAAUAGGGAACAACCCAUAGUCAAUGAAAUUGUUGUGCCUGAGGAAGAUACCAUCAGUGACUUGCGCAACAUCCAAUCCAAGAGGCGCAAGAAGCAUAAGGCGAAAGACAUGAAAAGAUCCACAUCCAUCCAUUCUGACGAGUACGAUAGUAGCAUGUACAACACUGGGAGUGAUUUGGACAACGUAGACGAGCUUACUAAAGAAGAAGCACGAGUUUUGACGCAUCUCGAAUCACUUGAUGAUUUCUUCAAGGAAGACCUUUUACGUCAAAAGAUCCAAAGAAUCCAAAGGCACGAAAACUUGAGCCAAAGUCUGAAGAACAAAUUGGUUACAAAGCUUAUGAUGGGUAAUUACUACAAAUACAUCAACGAAAAGCUUAUGAAAGAGCAAGGUAUACAGCUUCAAUCAAUGGAUCGCUUGACUAUCAGAAACGAGACACCUGUGCCUGCUUCUGAGCCAGAGGGCGACGAAAUUUCAAUCGACAAGAGAAUGAACACUACGGGCAAUUUCACACAAUCAGUCGAGCGUGAAGUUGAUCAGUCUAUGGGCGACGAGUUUUCUGAAGACGAUAUUGAGCAAAAUCCUGACGAUGACGAGGAGGUAGUCUUAACAGAGAAAGAUACGACGCCCUCAUACCAUAACGUCGAAAAGAAAAUCCUCGGAUGCUCACACUACCAACGAAAUUGUAAGUUAGAGUGUUCUCAAUGUUUACAAUGGUACACCUGCCGCUUCUGCCAUGACGCCGAAGUUGGAGAUCAUAAACUUGUGCGUAGUGAUGUCAAACACAUUUUGUGUAUGCAUUGCAAUGUUCCCCAGCUUCCAGACACCAAUUAUUGUGUCAAUUGUGAAGAAGAAUUGGCCAAUUACUUUUGUAAAGAGUGUGUCUUGUAUGAUAAUGAUCCCGACAAGGAUAUUUAUCACUGUGACAAAUGUGGAAUUUGUCGUCUAGGUUUGGGUCUCUCAAAAGACUACUUCCAUUGCGACACUUGUAACAUCUGUUUGACUAUUGACUUGAAGGAUAAUCACAAGUGUGUCACCAACACCACCCACUGUAAUUGUCCCAUUUGUAAUGACUACCUAUUCACCAGUGUCAGCAAGGUUGUGUUUAUGAAGUGUGGCCACCUGAUUCAUCAGAGUUGUUAUGAUGAGAUGAUCAAGCACUCAUACAAAUGCCCUAUUUGUAAGAAAACAGUGAUUAAUUCGGAAACUCAAUUCCGAAUCCUUGAUCAGGAAAUCCGGCAGCUGCCUUUACCUCCUCCGUACAACAUGUGGAGAUGUAUUGUCAAUUGCAAUGACUGCAAAGGCAAAAGCAAUUGUGCUUAUCAUGUUUUGGGGCUUAAAUGUAAAUACUGCCAGAGUUACAAUACCCACCAGGUGAAAUUAAUUAAGCCUGAAGAAGAGGAUGACAAGACCGGAGCUGUGGCCGUCGAAAAUGAGGAAUCGUUCAGCGAGCGGGUUGCAUCAAUGCGCCUCAUGAAGACGAAUCUCAGCUCCAAUUUUGUCAUCGAUGAAAAGAUCAUUGAUACCCCGAAUGAGUAUGAUGGUGAUAUAAAUGAAAACUCGGACGAGGAAGGAAUGACGAAUUUCGUCAACUUCAAGAGUUUGACAAACUCCAUUUUGGGGAAGAAUUCCGUGGACCGGAAGUCUAUCACUGCCGCUUUCCAGAGUUUCAUCAACUCUUCGAUAAUGGAUAAAAUGGAAGAUGAUUAUGAGUAA